CAGUUGUGGGAGGAGUAGCUCUGACAAAAAGCCAAGCCUUUCUGGGCAAAGAACAAGGGAAAGGCAGGAGUCAUUCCCAGCUGCCUGCAUGACUUGUGCUCACAUGCCCGUAGCUGCUAAUUGGUGCUGCCUGCCUGCACAUGAGGCUAACUGAGCCACAGGCUAAACCUGGGCUCUUAUUGCUUUCCAUGAACACUUAACCCUGUGGCUCAGUAACACUAGUUGCUUGCACUCCGUGGCAUGACAGCAGUCAGCCAACACUGAGCAGAGCAGAUUUACCUGGCAGCUUGCAGUCCCCUACCUCCCAGCCUGCUGUGCUCAGAGGCAAGAAGGGUGAACAGGAGAGACUGCUGCUGUGGUUUGGGUAAGGAAUACGAGAUGAGGUGGGGUCUGCAUGGCUGGGCUGCUGAUGGUAAGAAGGAUCAUCAGUCAGUGGUCCUAGUAUGGGACAAAGAAGAGAAGGCUGAGGCACUGAGCUGAGGUCACAGCUUGGGAGAGCCAAGUUUACGGCAGAAGACACACCUUUCUCAUGUUUGUGCAAACCAGCUUUUGAAGAACAAAAUCCAGUUCAACCUUUUGUAAUAAUUAAUCUUCCAACGUAAAUCCCAUUGCGUGCAAACUGCUAAACACAUGAAAUGUGCGGCAAGUCAAAAAGGGCAAAGGUAUCGUGAAAAAGCAUUGCCAAGUGGUGUAUUUGCGUAGGUGGGUCAUAGCUACAAAAGCUUGCAAACCACCCCGGCCUCUCUCUCACUUGGGCUCCUGUCUGUUCAACUCCGAACAUGCUGGUGGCUGUGCUGCUCCCCCUCUUGUGCUGCCUGGGUACUGCUGCUGCUGGGAAGCUGCUGGUGAUCCCGAUGGAGGGCAGUCACUGGCUCAGCAUGAAGGAAGUGCUGAUUGAGCUGAGCAAGAGAGGUCAUGAAAUAAUUGUCAUGGCACCAGAGAUGAAAACGCUCGUAGAAUCUUCAGAGUGGUACACGCUGAAAACAUACCCUGUACCUUUCAAACAGGAAGAGAUGGAAGAACUUCUGCAUUCACUUACUGCAAACAGUUUUAAUGAGCAGCCUUUUAUUUCCAGAUUUUUGAAUAUUUGGGAGCUUUUUAAAAAGAGUUCUGCCGUCUUUGAAGCUGCUUGCAGUUCCCUACUGCACAACAAAGAGAUGAUGAAAUUUAUUGAAGAAAGCAAAUUUGAUGUACUAUUUACAGAUCCUGUGACACCGUGUGGACAAAUAAUUGCUUUGCAUUUUUCUAUUCCUACUGCUUUCUUCUUGCGGGCUAUUCCAUGUGCUAUAGACAUUCACGCCGCUCAGAGUCCAGACCCACCGUCCUACGUCCCACGAAUGUUCUCCCUCAAUACAGACCAUAUGACAUUUCCUCAGAGAGUCAAGAAUGUACUGAUCACCAUUUCAGAGGCUUUCACCUGCAGAAUUAUCUUUUCACCAUUCGAAAGACUGGCCUCAGACUUUCUGCAAAAGCCAAUCACAGUUACAGAGCUUUUAAGCCAUGGAUCUAUUUGGCUGAAGAGACUUGACUUUGUCUUUGACUAUCCCACACCCGUGAUGCCCAAUAUGAUUUUCAUUGGAGGCAUAAACUGUGGACGGAAGAAGCCGUUAUCUCAGGAAUUCGAAGCCAUCGUGAAUGCUUCUGGAGAGCACGGCAUUGUUGUCUUCUCACUGGGCUCCAUGGUCUCUGACAUUCCUAUGAACAAAGCCAGAGAAAUCGCAGAUGCUUUGGGAUCAGUCCCUCAGACGGUUUUGUGGCGAUACACAGGAGAGGUGCCCUCCAACCUGCCGAAGAAUGUAAAGCUUGUCAAAUGGCUGCCACAGAAUGAUCUUCUAGCUCACCCUAAGACUCGUGCCUUUAUUACCCACGGAGGCUCACAUGGUGUUUACGAGGGCAUAUGCAAUGCAGUGCCAAUGGUACUAAUGCCUUUGUUUGGAGACCAGAUGGACAACGCGAAGCGAGUAGAGUCACGGGGAGCAGGACUGACACUGAAUAUACUUGAAAUGACUUCAGAAGACAUGUCUAACGCCUUGAAAACAGUUAUUAAUGAUAAAAAGUACAAGCAGAACAUCAAGCGUCUCUCAGAACUUCACCUCGACAGGCCCAUCCACCCUCUGGACCUGGCCGUGCACUGGGUGGAGUUCGUCAUGAGACACAAAGGGGCUCCACACCUGCGACCUGCUGCUCAUGACCUGAACUGGAUCCAGUAUCACUCCCUGGAUGUCAUUGCCUUCCUCCUGGCCGUGGUGUUCCUCUCCCUCUUUAUUUCUCUGAAGUGCUGCAUGUUCUGCUGCCGCAGGUGCUGCUUUAAGAAGGGAAGAACAAGCAAGCCAACCAAAUCAAAGUCCCACUAGUGGAUGAAAACAGUGGUGGGAGACAAGACCUCUGCUCCAGACCAGAAGGAUCAGAGAACACCUCAAAUUUCACUAAAAUAAUUACUGGUUUCCAAUCAGGAAAUAAUAUCAUUCUUUUAAACUAGUGCCACAGGAAGAGUUGUUUCAUUGAUAUAAUUUUUAUCUUUAAUUAAGAAUUAGUUUUUUUAAAAUAAUGUGUAUAAUAGUACUUCAGUCACUUGGGAAGAUACUGUUGUGAAGUCCAAGGCUCCUGGCUUCCACUUCUUGGUGUACAGAGGACUCAUGGUGACAUUUUUUUAACCUCUAUUUGUAAGGGAGACAUACAGGGAUUUUUCACAAGCCCUUUCCCUUCACAAGGGCUUUGGGAGAACCACUUGCUCUAGUGUAAGACUGUCAGGUUUAUCAAGCACUUUGAAAUCCUUCUACAGCUGUUGUUAUAGAAGAGGCAAAUGUUGUAAUCUGACAUUAUGUGUCACAUAAGCCAAGCUAGAUGCACAUCUUAAAUGGGCUUUGUGUGUGUUUACAAUACCCUGAGCUUGAUUAAGGCUUCAGCAUGAAAGUGGUUUUAAAGCCACUGGUGUUUCACCAAGUUGACCAGAGUUCUGUAUCUGGAGAUUACCAGUUGGGUGAUGUGAUCUGUGGAAGUAUUUUUAAAAACCCAUCUGAUUUUGUAAAUGAUCCUAAAGACCCAAACCCCAGCCCUAUAAAUAAAUCCCCACUACUAACAAUAAUGGUCCAUGUGUUUUCUGGCUUGAGAGACAUGGGGCUGUCACUUGUCAGUCUUGAAGAGAGAGAUGGAGAAAGGAAAGUUUUGGUUCAACACUGUGAGGUGUACUCAGUGAAAGCCACCUGAGCACACAAAAGCUGGUUCUCAGCAUUAUCAUUUCAUCACUUGGUGAAGCAGCACUUGCUGAGAGGUUUUAUUCUGUGGCUGCCACACUCCCCACUACUAGUUAUAGAAAAGGCAUGUCCAGGCCUCGGGCAGAAAAGACCUUAACAAAAUCUGGGGCUCAGAACAGGACGGGGCAUCCCAGUGUGCCAUGGCAGUCCUUUGCAAAGGAGCCCUGGCAAGUACCUGGUACUGCUGCUCUCUAGUGCAGACUGAAACGGCACAUACUUAGUGCAAGCCACUAAGUUGGCUUCAGGAGAGUGGUCCUGCUCCUCAUCUCAGACACAUGGGCCAUACAUGCUGUGAGAAGUGUCUCACCCGCCAGGAAGCUGCUGGCAGUGCUCACACAUGCGUGCAGAACGGAAGAGAAGGCAAAGGGGGCAGGUGGAGCCUCAUUCAGCCUUUCCUUUUGCCUGAUUCUCUCGGGCGUUUGUGCCAUCUGUAGUCUGCCAAGGAGCAAUGCUGACUGUUGCUUUUCAUCCCCUGCCUUUCCCUGCCCUCCUCCUGCCCCUGGUAAAUACAAGGAAAUCUCUUCCUUGGGACACAGGGAGGGAGUCCCCAUGGUGCAUGAGCUCUGACUUCCUUUCAAAACACAGCUUUCACGGCUCCCCGUGUUUGUGAAGUGACAGCUCUGGCUGUCCCCAUGGUCCUGGUUGGAGCCAGGUGGCAGCAGCACUGCUUGGUGCUCCUGGACAAGAGACGCAGUGAGACCUUGCACUGCCCAUUGCACCGUGGAAUAUGAACUGAAAGGGCAAGAAAUGGACAGGCAGGGCAGCGAGAGGAAGGAGGGCUGCAGGAAAAAGCAAAGCAGCUCGGUGUGGUUUUACAGCCUUCUACCGGCAUGUUGUGCGAGGGAUUCAUCACUGCAUGGCUAAUGGGGGUAGAGGGAAAUUGAACUGAACCCAGUUGUGGUGGUUUCAGCUAACCCUGGGCAUGGGGUUGACUUCCAGCAACUGUUGGAAAACUUACAAGAGCAUCUUACAUGGCCUCAUGGAGAAGUUGUCUGAGUACCCUGCUGCAAACAAGCUCUACAUCAGUAGAUGCCUCUACUAGUAGACUACCUCUACUAGUAGACUCUACUAGUAGACUACCUCUACCUGGACAUGAGAAAAAACAAACAAACAAAAACUAAUAUCAGAUCAGAU